GCCAUGUUGGGUGAGGAGAGCGAGGUGACGUCAUCAGCGCGCGACUUGUUCUCUGCGCGGCACGGGGGGAGGUCGGCAGGUGGCGAGCAGCGCGGCGCUCUCGGCGGUCGCUCCUGAAGGAGAUGUCACGUUUGAGACAGCAGAGGGAGGAGGGGGAGGAGGCGAUGGCGACGAAUCGUGAAGAGGACGACGAUGAGGAGAGAGGAGAGGAUGAAGAUUGGGAGGGCUACAAUCGCAACAUAGAAGUGAACAGGGAGAGGCAGCAGCUGCGACACAAGUACCGCAUGCUCAUGCACAGCCUCCAGGAGGACCGAGAGGAGCUCAUUCAGCCAGACAACGAAGGACUCGCGACCGCUCUUCAACAGAGUCAGAAACUCUUCCGUAGUGUGAAGGAGACACGGGAAGCAGCGAUGGACUCGCAGUUCCUGGUGCUGGCAGCCACCAUCGGACAGGAGAAGGCGACGCAGCUGCACACGGGGCUCCUGGAUUUCGACGAAGGGGUCUUCUCGGAGCACGUGUUGACGUACAUGGGCUGCUCCCGUGGAGACGGUGCGAGUGCGGGGGCAGAGUCGCUUGGCAGGGAGGGGAAGGAGCUGGGCGGCAGUGACGAGGACACACGACAAGGACAAGGAGGAUGCGACGAUGCAUACGUCACGGAGGACAACACUUGCUUCCCACGUGGAGCCUGGGCCCGGCUCGCAACCUGCGCCUCAUCCUAUAUGAGCGUGGUGCCCACCUUCCACUACAUGCUGGGUACAUUCAAGGCAGACCCACUCCCCGUGCAGCGCGCUGAAAACAAGAAGUCCCGCCCCGUGAAGUCAAGACAGGAAAUGCGAGCCAUGCCCCAGCAGCUCAAAAGGUUUGAAUCCAGCAGCGAAAAGGCAACAAUCAAGGAAGUGGAGAGGAUUCAAAGCAUUCUGAAAGAAAAUAUAAAAAUGAACGGUGGGAAGCCGCUGGGUUUCUUUGAGUUUGUCAUCAACUCCACCUCCUUCAGCUGCACGCUGGAGAACAUCUUCCACACGGCCUUCCUUGAGCGGGAUGGCAAGGUCCGGAUUAGUCAGAACAAGGCCUGCGUUCUUCUGAUAGAGUUAACUGAGGAAAAUAAGGGAGGGAGCAAGACAAUUGAAGAGAGGAAGAAAACCGACCAGGAAAUCAUGACCUUCAAUAUAAAAAUCUGGAAGGAACUAAUCGAUCUGUUUCAGAUCAAGUCAUCCAUGAUCUCACCAUUGCCCGACGACGCCAGCCACUAACCCUGCGGUGCGGCACACAGACUUGCAUGUGGCCUGGCACGGGGGUCAGCAUAGCUGUCAAGGGGGUCCUUGCGGUAGUUGUGUUGUUAUUUUGCUUGUGCGUGUUUGUUGGUUUGUUCGUGUUGUCUUGGUUGCAUAUCUAGAAUAUGUCUACUCUUGAAUAUCUGAACCAGUCCUGUGCCUCCUCUAAGUCGAUUGAGCCUUAAUUGAGUAAAUAAUAUUCCUCGGGAGACAAAGUUGGCCAAGAGUGGUGUUGGCCACACACCCCUUCGUGAGCCGUAUUUGCCUAAAAUGGGUGUUAGCAACAACAUUUGCCCCAACAGUCUGUGUGGGCUAUGUGCGAGACCUUUGUGUUUGUUAUGUUAUGUGUUAUUCAUAAUGUGUGUUAUAAAAUAAAUUGUGCUUUUGGUAGGAGGAAUA